AUGGCAGCGGAUGCCUUCGGCGGGCGCCUGGCGGCCUGCGGCCGCACCCAGUGGCGCGAAGCGCUGGAGAUCUUGACAGCCAUGCCCAGGCAGCGGCUCGAGAGCACGGUGAGCACCGUGAGCCAGAACAUGGCGAUGAGGGCGUGCCAGGCUGCAUGGAGGAGGACGCUGCUGCUCCUGCCUUCGGAUCCAGAUGUCGUUAGCUUCAACACGGCGCUGGCCGCCUUGCGCAGCGUCUCCUGGCACCUCGCGUGGCAGCUUUUGGAUAGCCAGGAGGAGCAGUCAGUGCAAGCGGACAUCGUGACGUAUAAUACCCUGGUCACGAGCUGCGACUCAGAAGGACUUCAGCUCUGGCGCCGCGGCGCGGAGGCGCUGCGGCUCUGCCGCCACGCGCGCCUGGAGCCAGACGGCAUUGGCUUCAACUCCCUCAUCAGCAGUUGCGUCAGAGGCCGGCGCUGGGCCCAUGCCUUCGCCAUAGCUGUUGCCACCCGCGCGGAUGCCUAUGGCCGGCGCAGCGCCGCCGGAGGCAGCCACUGGCGGCUGGCUCUUGCCAUUCUGGCGCCAGAGGAGCGGUCGGCUCGGCGCGCCGCGGUUUUGGCGUCCAGCGGCUGCUCCUGGGCUCAUGCGCUGCACUGGGCACGAGGUGUGCGCCGCAAUGUCAUCGUUUACAACUCGGCCAUGGCCGGCAGUCCCUGGCGCACCGCCCGACAGCUGCUGAGCCCGGGCUCCCACGUCAGCUUCGGCGCAGCCCUGGGCGCCUGUAAGCCGGGUGCCUGGCGCCCGGCGCUGGAACUCUUGGGCCGGAUGCUGGUUCUCAGAUUCGCCCCCAACCGAAUUUGUUGCAAUGCGGCCCUCGCCUGCGUAGGGCCAUCUGCCUGGUGGCAAUGCCUGCAGCUCCUGCGGCUGGGUGGCCAGCAGCUUGCAGACAGCAGCUUCAUCCUCGCGUCGAAUCUGCUGGCCGCGGGGCAGUGGCAUCGCGCUCACGGACUUCUGGGACGAAGGAAUUCCGUGGCCUGCGGCUUGGCACUCAGCGCCCUCGCGGUCGGCGACGCCUGGCAGUCGGCGGAGGCGUUGCUCAGGAGUGCCGUGCACUCGCGGCUCCGGGCGGACGUGGCCAUGCACAACUGCGCCGCAGCCCGGUGGCCGGCGGCGCUGGGUCUCCUGGGCCGGGUGCGGGACGCGGGCUUGGCGCCCAACGGCGCCACCAUGGCCCAGACGCUCCUGGCGCACGAGAAGGCGUCCUUGUGGCAGUUGGGCUGCCUCCUCGUCCCGGCGCCGCAGGACGUGGGUCUGCGGAAUGGGCUGCUGGCCGCCUGCGGCCGCGGCCACUGGUGGUGCCUCAGCUUGGAGCUGCUGGGCGGCUUCCGGAGGACGAGGCUGGUGGCGGACAGCAUCAGCUUCAACGCGACCAUCGACGUGUGCGAGAAGUGCAGCAGGUGGGCAGAGUCCCUGGAGCUUUUGGCCACAGCUCCGUCGCCGGACGAGCGCAGCUUCAAGGUGAGCCUCUCGGCCUGUGGUAGGGCGGAGGACUGGCGGAGGUCGCUGCGCCUCUUGGCGCGGAUGUCUUCCCGCGACAUGCUGCCAAGCGCCUGGGUCUUCGAGACCAGCGCGGACCUCUGCGAGAAGCUUUGGGCCAAGAGGCCCUUGCCCAGGCUGCUGGAGGACAUGAGCACUGCGGCGUGCGACGGACUUGGAAGCGAUCGAUCCCGGCGAAGCCGAGGACUCGGUCUUCUGAAGCAGACCGGGUGGGAGUGCAUGGGAGGCUAUGUGGCGGCCAACAUCUUGGCCCAACCGUUCUUGGUGCGUCGACGUAUGGCCAAGCUCCGGACGAAGGUGCGCUUCAUCCAGAAGAUCUAUCGGCGUUGGCUCAGUUUGCCGAAAAUGCGGCGCCUCAUCCACGUGCGCACCGUGGUGAUCCGGAAACAGAAGGCAACGCUGAUCCAGAACUAUUGGCGGCAGCACGCCGAGAGGAAUCUCGUCAAGAAGAUCCAGCAGGGCUCCGAGCCCUCCGCAGCGCCCUGA